AUGUCUUUCCUAGGUUUCGGUGGUAGCGCUCAACCACAACUUUCCUCUCAGCAGAAAGUCCAGGCCGCUGAGGCCGAAUUGGACCUUGUUACCGAUAUGUUCAACAAACUGGUAGAUAACUGUCAUAAGAAAUGUAUCUCUUCUUCCUAUAGCGAGGGGGAUCUGAAUAAGAAUGAAUCCAACUGUUUGGAUAGAUGCGUUGCCAAAUAUUUCGAAACUAACGUCAAGGUCGGCGAACAUAUGCAACAAAUGGGCCAAAAUUUCAACGCCGCUGGCAGACUUUAA